GCGGGAGCCCGCGCCGCAGAGCGGGGCCCGCCAGCGCCACCCGCCGGCCGCGGGGCCGCACCGCGCCUCCCCCCGUCCCCCCCUGCUCCGGCUCUCAAUGUUCCACACUGCCCGGCCACAGAGCCGCCGCCGCCGCCGUAUAGCCCCCCGGCCGCCUCCGUCCCCCUCCUCGGGCGCCGCGGGCCCGGCCCGGCCCCCCGCCAUCCCGCCCCUCCGACCCAGCAGCGGGACAGGACGCCGGCGAAGCUCCCCACGAUGUCCAGUGAUAGGCAGAGGUCAGACGAUGAAAGUCCGAGUACCAGCAGCGGUAGUUCAGAUGCCGAUCAGAGGGAUCCACCUGCACCCGAACCCGAAGAGCAAGAAGAACGAAAACCCUCUGCCACCCAGCAGAAGAAGAACACCAAACUAUCCAGCAAAACUACUGCUAAGCUAUCUACUAGUGCUAAAAGAAUCCAGAAGGAGCUAGCUGAAAUAACCCUUGAUCCUCCUCCUAACUGCAGUGCUGGUCCUAAAGGAGAUAACAUUUAUGAAUGGAGAUCUACUAUACUUGGACCUCCAGGUUCUGUAUACGAAGGAGGCGUUUUUUUCCUGGAUAUCACAUUUUCAUCUGACUAUCCAUUCAAGCCACCAAAGGUUACUUUCCGUACCAGAAUUUAUCACUGCAACAUCAACAGUCAGGGAGUCAUCUGUCUGGAUAUCCUGAAAGACAACUGGAGCCCUGCUUUGACUAUUUCAAAGGUUCUGCUGUCUAUUUGUUCUCUUCUGACAGACUGCAACCCAGCUGACCCUCUGGUUGGAAGCAUAGCCACUCAGUACCUGACCAACAGAGCAGAACAUGACAGGAUAGCCAGACAGUGGACCAAGAGAUACGCAACAUAAAUGACAAACUACUUGUGCAGUGUGAAGGUGCAGAAGGCAACUUUGCAGUGUGCAACAAAUCUUUAUAGCCUUUACAAUACGGACUUCUGUGUAUAUGUUAUACUGAUUCUACUCUGCUUUUAUCCUUUUGAAGACUGGGAUACUGCCCCCCAAAAAGGUAAAUGCUAUCAAGAGUAGAAAUUUGUAGCUGUAGAUUAGUUAUGUUUAAAAUGCCUACUUGCAAGUCUUGCUUCUUUGGGAUAUCAAAAUGUAUUUUGUGAUGUACUAAGGAUACUGUUCCUGAAGUCAACCAAAUAUUAUAGUGCAUUUUAGCCUAAUUCAUUAUCUGUAUGAAGUUAUUAAAGGUAGCUGUAGAUUACUAGGAAUUAUGUCAUUUGUAUUAAACCCAGAUCUAUUUCCAAUAUGUGGUACAUGCUGUUGUGAAAACUGUUUUAACUUUUACCUUUGUCAGUUUGUAAUGAAAGGAUUUCCUUUUUCCCUUUGUAGCUCAGAGAGCACCCAGUGUAUCAUCUCAAACACAAUAAACAUGUUCCCCAAGGA